GGGAGCAGGCAGGGGCCGAGGGGAGCAGGCAGGGGCCGAGGGGAGCAGGCGAGAAAGGUAAAGGCACAGAGAGAGACUGCAGAGCCUGAGGGUCAUGGGAACACUGCUUGACCAAGACAAAGAUGGUCGUUAGCAAAGGCAAAACAGAUGGAGAGUGAGCAGGAAGAUACUUCUCAGACCACCAGCCAGAGACGUGCAGACAGGACAUGGGGACGGAAUGAAGCCAGCCAGCUUGGGAGCCCCAGGAUGCAGUCUGAAGUAGAGGAGUUGUACAGGAGGAAGGUGAAGAUUUCAAAGGUGUACAGUGGGAGGGGCAAUGGAAGAAGACAGUGACUUUAGGGGAGUAGGCUCUGCUAACCUCCAGAGCCAGGUGUGGAGAUAUAUAUCCACACUGAGCCCCCUACCUACAGGUCGAGACCCAGCAGGAACAGAAAAGAUACCACACCCACGUCCAUGGCCCUGCCUGAGGGCCCGGCGGAUGGCAGCCUCCCUGAAGGGGACUCCAGCCCAUCCACAGACACGCCAGGACCCAGCCAGGACCUAGCCAGCCCCACUGCCCGCAGGCGGGCCCUCCUCCGUGAGCUGGAGGCCCAGGUGCAGGCUGCCUAUGGGCAGGUAAGGGGCAGGGACUAUCCCUUACUAAGGGACCCCACAUCCCAGCUAGAAGUAAGACAGACCUAGGGCCAAGUUCAUACCUAGGUGACCAGAGGGGUCAGGAGAAGUUAGGGACCCAUCUGCCCUCUCUGUUGAUACUGAGGGAUCCAGUCAGUGCCUAGAGCUGACCUUUAUGCAAGGUAUCAAACACUGGUCCCAGCACAGGGUUAAUGAGCCCUGAAUGGAGACAGGGUCCUGGCACAGAGACUUCAGACUGGGCCAAGGUAAAAGCAGGUAGGCCCUCUCUCCAAGGACUUCAUCCCCCAGCCCCCAGUUGCCACUCAGGGAGAGCUGGGAUCCAGCUGGCCCAGGCACGGGGUGCUAGCUUCUUCUGUGGGGAUCCAAGUCUGCUUCUGAAGGUGCUGAUUGGGGAGAUUAGUGCAAGUCUGAGAGGAGAAGGGCUGGGGGGGGGGGUGUGCAGAACACCGGGAGGCUGUGCCUUCCAGGGGCCUUGACUCUGAGUACCCCCCCACACUGGCAGAGAUACUCAGAGAUAAUCCCGGAUUGGAUUAGGGCCCAAGCCCCAGGCCCAGGGCUCCCCGCCUGCCCACCCGCCCCUGAUCUUGCCCACAAAACCCCAGGAAAAUCCUCUCCAGUGCUCCAGGCUGUCCCUGGAAACAGCAGGGGGCUGGCAGAAUCCACAGCAUCCUCCCAGGACUCAGGGCCUGGCAUGGUUCAGGGACCCAUGGGGAACUGUGCCAAGCGGCCCUGGCGCCGGGGGCCUAAGGAGCGCUGGCAGUGGCCUGGAGCCCCCCUAGGGGACUCCAGCCCCAACCCCGGCCCCAGAGUUGAGGAGCAGGAGGGCACACAGGGCUACUCGGUGCUCGGCAGCCUGGUGGGGCCAGCCUGCAUCUUCCUCCGACCCAGCAUCGCCGCUACCCAGCUCGACCGGGAGCUGAGACCAGAGGAGAUCGAAGAGCUGCAGGUCGCCUUCCAGGAGUUUGACCGAGACCAGGAUGGCUACAUCGGCUACCGGGAGCUGGGUGCCUGCAUGCGGACGCUGGGCUACAUGCCCACGGAGAUGGAGCUCAUCGAGAUAUCACAACAAAUCAGUGGUGGGAAGGUGGAUUUUGAAGAUUUUGUGGAGCUGAUGGGCCCCAAACUGCUGGCGGAGACUGCAGAUAUGAUUGGCGUGAGGGAGCUUCGAGACGCCUUCCGGGAGUUUGACACCAACAGAGACGGCUGCAUCAGCGUGGGGGAGCUCCGAGCAGCCCUCAAGGCCCUGCUAGGGGAGCGCCUCAGCCAGAGGGAGGUAGAUGAGAUCCUCCAAGACAUCGAUCUCAAUGGAGACGGCUUGGUUGACUUUGAAGAAUUUGUUCGGAUGAUGUCUCGAUGAGCCUGUAUAGAAGCUGGAGUGGACCAGCCCGGAGGAAAACAGCCUCUGAAGCGCAGAGGAUCCCAUGUGUUCCUUGAAACUCAUUAUGUACAGGACUGUGUGUCUCCUCUCCAUCCCUGCCUGGGCACAGUGCCCUCUCCUGUCAUCACCCCUUACCUCUCCCUGGUUCUCUGACAAUAAAGCAUCUUCCAGCUUGU